CUAAUUUUACCUAAAAACUUCUAAUUAAUUUAAAUUCUGAUAACUAAUUAAGUCAUAAUAAAGUAUUCCAAAAAGUAGCAGACAGAUAGUUUACAAAGACACUUAAAAACUAGGUUUCAUUCAAAGAUAAACUUAAGGAAAAGCCAAAUAUUAAUAGUUUAAGCUUAGUUUUAGAUUAUUUACAACAUGUAAAGCGAAAUUUAAGAAGCUAAUGUUAUCAAUUAGCCUACACAAAUGCAAGCAGUUCCCUAACACUUGGUUACUUCUGAUGAGCAUGUUCUAGACCAAGAAGUGCAUAUUUUAGAAAAUUGUAGAGAAUGUUAGAAAUUUCUUAGGGAUUGUGCAGCAUGCAAAUAAGAUCCAACUUUAGAUGAAUUGUUAAAAAAAUAUAGAACUUUAGGUGUUAGCGAUGAUUUCUUAAAGAAUCUUUCACCUUCUCAAAGCCCAGAAGUUAAAAUGAAUAAGGGAAAUUAUAAUAAUUACUCCUAACAAAGUCAGCAAAAUUAAUAAAAUAAAAACUAUUCUCCAAAGAGACAAUCUGCAGAGAAAAGAACAGAAUAUCGUAGAUCCUCAAAGGCAAAAAAGAGUUCAAGAUCUAAUUCCUAAGAAUAUAGAGGUUCUUCAAGAGGAACUAAAAAUUAUCAAUACCCAAUCAGAGCUAAUAAUAGCAACAGCAAUAACAACAAUAGCAACAAUAAUGGAAACAAUACUAAUAAUUAUAACUAGUAAAACUCAACUCAAAGACCUUUGAAAAACGACAGAAGAUCUCCUGAGUAAAACAGAGGAGGAAGCUAUUAGCAUUAUUACCAUAAUAACUAGCACUAGAAUAACAACUAAUAAAAUAACAGUUUGAGAUAGUUUAACAAUUACAAUAAUUAAAAUUACUCUUAUAAUAAUGCUAAUCCAAAUUCUUUGAGAGAGCAGAGAGACUACAGAGAUAAAUCUCACUCUUAUAACAGAAAAAAAUCAUAAUCUCCAAAAAGAAGAUCAGAAGAAGCAAAUCAAUAUAAAGAUUACAGCAAAAGUUUAAAAUAAAAUAGAGAAAGAGGUAGUAGCAGAGAUCGCAGAGACAAAGAAAAAGAAAGUUAUCUUGAAAAGAAUCAAAAGAAAUUCGAUUCUAAAAAAUAAAUGCACUCAAACAACAGGUCAAGAACAAGAACUAAUUCAAGAGGAAAUAGUAUAAAAAAGAGUGAAUACAAAAGAUCAAAUUCAAGAAACAAAGAUAAGUAAUAAAAAGAUAAUAAACGAUAUGGUAACUAUAAUACUAAAAGCAGAGAAAGUCAGAGAUAAAGAGAUAUAAGCCAUGACUCAAAAUAGAGCCAAGAAAGAACUUUUGAGGAGAUGUAAAAAUAAAUUGAGAAGCAAUUUUCAAAUGCUAAAUGA